AUGGUGAAAUCUUAUUGUGUUAAACAGAAGAAACAAACAGAAUGUGUAGAACCUUCGGGUUAUAAAACUGCCAAAAAUGGGAGACUUAUGUUUUGGUGCACCUGUGCUGAAUGUGGAAUAAAAAAGUUUAAAUUUGUAAAGAAGGGAAACCAAGUGGGCCCUCUCAAGCAGGGGGCGAUUUAUUUGACACCGCUGUAGGAACCGCUACUGAUCUGUUUGUCCACCAUGGGCUUCCAUGGAUGGGUAAAAAAGCAGUUGAAAUGGGAAGAUAUUAUGGUUCCGAGGCACUCAGAAAUCCUAAAUUACAGAAAAAAGCUAUCGAUUACGCUUUGGACAAAUUGAGUCCGAUGAUCCAGAAUGUCGGUUCUCAAGCUCUUGACCAAUUAUCAACCAAAAUACGACCAAAGAAAAACUACAAAACAAACAGAAAAUAUUUGGAUAGUGGUGCUUUGGAUAUCCACAAGGCCAUUGGUAAAUUACCAAGACCCGCAGGCGGAUUUUCUUUACCCGGCCAUAAAUACACAGGCCCUUACAAUGAUUUAGAAAAUCAAGUGAGAUACAAUCCAGAAACUGGUGAAAUAUUAGAAAUUUAUGAUCAACCAACUGGGCCAACCGAUGCAGUGGCCAUGCAACAUGAUAUUGAUUAUAGUGUUUGCGGUGAUAACCGAAAGGGCAAAAAUAAAGCUGACCGUAAAAUGGUAAAAUCGUUAGACGCCAUUUCCUAUAAUGAAAGGCAACGGGGCCACUGGCUAGCUAGAAAUCUAAUAAACACAAAACAGAAACUCGGACUUGGUUUAAACUAGAAAGGCCUUCGGGUAUUAGUUGGCAACAACAAUUAGCGGAAGAAUUACACAAACCCAUAAAGCGCAACUUUACUCGGCGGCGCGUUAUUAUAAUUGGUAUUGACAAAAUUUGGUGCUCUGAUCUGGUUGAAAUGUAACAGUUCAGUCGAUGGAACAAGGGUUGCAGAUACCAUCUGAUGGUACUAGAUCUAUUCUCCAAAUAUGGCUGGAUUGUCCCAUUGCAGGAUAAAAAGGGAGAAACUGUCACGGAAGCAUUCAAAACCAUCUUCAAAGAGGGCUGUAAACUACAAUAUCCUUGGACUGAUAACGGGAAAGAAUAUUAUAACAAAAAUAUCAGAGAACUGUUGGAAAAGAAUGGCAUAACACUAUACUCAACCGAGAAUGAGGAAAAAUCUAGUGUGUGUGAAAGAUAGAACCGUACAAUUAAAACCAAAAUGUGGAAGCAGUUUACUGUCCAGGGUAAUACCCAAUAUCUUGGCAUACUACCAAAAAUACUGGAGCAGUAUAAUAACACUAAACACAGUUUCAUUAAAAUGACACCUGUAGAAGCCAGUAAAAAGAAGAAUGAAAGUGCCAUGUAUUUCAAUCUAUAUGGUGAUAUGGAGCAAUUGUCAUCUGAACCCAAAUUCAAGGUUGGUGAUAAAGUUAGGAUAAGCAAGUACAAGAGAAAGGUGUUUGGUAAAGGGUAUACACCUAAUUUGACUGAAGACAUAUUCCUGAUUGAUAAAAUCCAAUCCACAAACCCAAUUCUUACAAAUUAAGGGAUCUCAACAACGAGGAAAUACAGGGCAGCUUUUAUGAACCAGAAUUACUGCCGGCAAAACAGGCUGUAUGUCACAUUAAAAAGGAGAUAUUAUCCAGAUGCUAUAUUAGUAGCAGGACUGGGGGAGAAUCAGGAUACUGAUGAUAAGAGGCUAGAUUCAUACAAGAAAGGUUACACUCGCGGCCAGCCUGAUCUAUUGGUACUCAAUUAUCACAAAGAUUAUAAGGGUCGCUGUAUUGAAUUCAAAUCACCAACUAAUAAUUAUCAGGUAUCAGAAGCUCAAAAGGAGAUGAAGAAGAAGUACCUCAAUAAUGGUUAUGCAUUUAUACUCAGUAAUGAGUAUGAUAGAAUCUGCAAAAAUAUUCACGAAUAUAUGAAAGAUAUCAGG